AGUGGGAGAAAGAGAAAAGGUGACAAAAACCAUGGUUUCUGUUAAGCUUGAGCAAAUGUUAUGCAUUUAAUGUGACUGAGGGGCUCAGAGGCCAGACUCUGCAGUGUAGGGACAGGAAAGGGAUGUCCUGGGGACACGCAGGGGUGUCUGAACAUGGGGCUCCUUGGGAUGUCCCGAGGAGACAUGAGAGCAAAGUGGGGUCUGGAGACAUUCUGAGGGCAGCUGAGUGCCAAGGGCUGAGGCAGGUCUGUGUCCCCAGGGACACCCUGCCUGUUCCUGCCUGCGUGGUGGCUCCCUGGGACCCGUUGCUGGGGGCAGGUGCCAUGUCAACAAGCCCUGGGACCUGUUGCUAUUGGCCGGUAGCAGGUCACAGAGGGGCCCUUUGUGACACCCACUGCAGCAGGUGUGCUCAGCACGACCGUGGCCCACGGUGGGUCAGUGUCCGUCAGGACGGCGACUGGAUAGGAGAGGAGUGCAGCGCUGGCGAGAAGCCCCCGACUGCAGUCCACGUCUUGUCCACGACCCUUGGUGGCCCCGUGCGAACGCGGAGUUUUGCUGAGGCGUUUUGCCAAAGCGUUUUUGCCUGAGGCAUUUGGGCCGAGGCCUUUUGGCCGAGGUGCUUUGCCUGAGGCGCUUUGCCUUGGCCUUUGGGCUGAGGCACUUUGCUGAAGCCUUUUGGCUGAGGCCUUUUGCUGAGACCUUUUGGCUGAGGCCCUUUGCUGAGGCCUUUGGGCUGCGGCACUUUGCCUUGGCUUUUGGGCUGAGGUGCUUUGCCGAGGCCUUUUGGCUGAAGCCUUUUGCCUUGGCCUUUGGGCUGCGGCACUUUGCCUUGACCUUUUGGCUGAGGCACUUUGCCUUGGCCUUUUGGCUGAGGCCCUUUGCUGAGGCCUUUUGGCCGAGGCCCUUUGCCUUGGCCUUUUGGCUGAGGCCCUUUGCCUUGGCCUUUUGGCUGAGGCACUUUGCUGAGGCCUUUUGGCUGAGGCACUUUGCCUCGGCCUUUUGGCUGAGGCCUUUUGCUGAGGCCUUUUGCCUGAGGCACUUUGCCUGAGGCGAUUUGGCCGCGGCAUUUUUUCUGAGGGUGUUCGACUCCACCAUUCGGACGCCCUCCGUAGGCAGGCUCCCCUGUGUUCUUUAAUUCACAGGAUGGAGAGGAGACCCCCCGCCUGCCCCAGGCAGGCCUGGAUGGAAGACAGCUCUUCCCAGGAGAGCCGCUCUCCAGGUCUGCAGCUUCCGUCCUCCUACGAGGUGACCACCAUGCAGCCCCUCAAGCUCGACACCAGCUGGUUGCCCAUCUACAAGGAGGAGCAGGAAGCUGUUGAUGCCAUCCUGGCCUUUGUCACCAGCCCCAACAAGGAGGAGAGAGACAAGGCCACAUUUCUCCGGAGCAUCUCUGUGCUGUGCAGAAGCGCCUUGAGCCACGGCCUGACCCAGGGCCUGGAUCUGCUUUGUGACACGUACCAGCUGGCAGAGAACAUCAAGGCGCUGCUGGAAGAAGAGCCAAGGGACCAGCUGUGCACAGACCUCCGGCAUCUUUCCAUGCUGGCUCUGGAGAAAUUGAGCUUGGUGGACACAGCGCUGGAGGGCAAAGCCAAAAGCCUCCUCCGCGCGUGCUUCUCGAGUGUCUUCUGGCUGCCUGCAGAGAAGGAAAUGCCAAAAGGGGACCUUGCCCUCUACAUCAAGACCCUGAACUCCAUGGACAGCAUGCUGAGGACAAUGGUGCUCAGCUUUCCGGCCUCUCGAGUCAGCGAGGAGCUGCAGGGCAUCUUGGAGCUGCUGCUGGACUUUACCGGAUGCGAGAGAGAGGCUGUGAGGGAGAGGGCCAUGGCAAGGAUCGAUGUGCUGACCUGUGUGCUGUCGGACUAUUCCACUCUGCAGGCCCAUGCCAACGACAGAAGAGGCACUGCUGGACCUGUCUGCUCUGGGGAGAUCCAGCUCCCGCUCCUAGGAAAGCUGCUGGGACGGCUCAUCCUUUUCCGGUUCUCUGAGGAGCCGACAUGCUAUGCAGCUUUCCACGCUCUUUUUGCCCUGGCUGAGUUCAUCUUCGAAUCCAGGCUAAAGGACAGAGCAGACCAAGUCGACCGGGAAGCCGUGACCACCUCCGCGCUGUGUUCUCUGAGCCCCAGGGACUGUGCCAAGGCCUUUGGAAAAUACCUGCAGUCCCACGAGAGGACAGACAUCAUCCUCGUGGCCCUCGAGGCGUUGGGAGAUGCCAGCAUCCUCGACCAGCAGGUGCCCAGCAGCCUGCUGGAUGUGGCCUUGGAAGACCCGGACGUCUGGCUGACGGACGGGCCCAAGAUCGUCAGCAGCAUCCUUGAGAGCCUGCCAUACUGCAGCACACAGGCAGCGUGGGAGAGAGCGGAGUCACUGCUUCGCCUGAUGACCAACCUGUACCCCACCACAGUGGUCAUCCUCCUGUGCAAGGCGGCUCUUCAAGGAGACAGCACUGCGCCGGAGCUGUGGGAGCUGAUGUCCUCCAUGCCGGAGACGCUGGCCAAGAUCUUGGAGGGCUUUGCCAACCUGCUGUGCACACAGUGCUUCCGCUGCUCCGCAGAAGGCCCCCGCACCCAGCCCAUGGCUUCGUCCUCCAGGAAGGCUGAGUCGGAGGAGUUGGCUGACGAGCCCGACCUCGAGAGCCAUCAGGGCUGUCCAAACGUCAGGACAGCCGGGCUGCUGCUGGAAGGGCUCGUCGGGCUGUCACAGAGAGCCGAGAUGGCCAGAAACAUCGAACUCUUCCUGCCGGGCAUGAUAAAGAUCCUCCAAGUUGGCAGCGAAGAUGCCCAGAUGAAGAUCCUGCUGGCCUUGCGAAACGUUCUGUGUCAGCUGAAGAAGAGCAAGGCCAGCUUCAUCGCUGUGCAACUUGUGGGGAGGCUGCUGCCCCUCUUUGACUCGGAGUGCAGCGAGCUGCGAGAGCUGUCCAUCCACAUGCUCGCAGAGCUGCUGCAGUUCGUGGUCGGCAGGGAUGAGAAGAGGAUGAGGAAGGAGGUGUGGCGAGCACUGGUGCCUCUCCUCUUUCGCAUGAACGACCAGGUCCCCAGCGUGGCCGAGGCCUCCAGGGAAGCCCUUCUUGCUGCCGCCGAGCUGCUGAAGUGGAAGACGCUCAAGCACCUGCUGCAGAGAGAGCGGCUGUGGGAGCUUGGAGCGUGCUUGCUUCAGAACAGCAGGAGCAGGGCUGAAGAUUUUAUCCACCAGAGCCUGCCCUACCUGCAGGACCCUCAGGCCAACGUGCGCCUGGCGGCCGUCAGGUUCAUCGGACUCAUCACACGGCGCCUGAGGGAGCAGACCACGGAGAGUCAGGCUGACAUCCUGAGCGCACUUCAGCCCUUGGAAAAAGACUGGGACAUCUCUGUCAGCUCCCUGGCAGCUCGGACAACCUCCGUUCUAAGGAGUCCUUGGGUGCAGCAACGACCAAGAGGCUUCCUACGAGCACUGCGCUGCUGCUGGCCGUGAGCCCGGCAGAGGUGCAGCUUGCCUUGGCUAAAGGACUGGGGCUGAAUAAAGCUGCAACAACGUGCCCAAA